AUGAUCAAAAAAAUUAAAUCGCUAGCAACAAAAUCAAAAUCCCACCAAGAGAAGAAGUCGAUGAUUACACGUUUCAAGGAGGCAACACAUUUAUCAAGCCCGGAGAAAAAAUCAGAACAGAAGAAAGAGACAUUGCUCAGCAUAGCUCUGAAAUAUCAAGCCAGCCUCAAAAUGAAAGAAGCAGCCGAGAAAUUAAACAGUGAAAUGGCGUCUUCCACAAGGGAAUGGGCGAACGAAUCUGUAGAGCAGCCGAUCACUAUAGACGAAACAAAAACGACAACCAGAAAGAAGAGAAAAUUGCUGCCAACUCUCUUCAAAGGCAAACGGACUACUUCCAGUUCGGAUCCAUUGGCAGGACAGGACAACGUCAUGGAGCUCCGUGAUGACGGGAGAAAGGUGAACGGUUCGGUGUUAAGUUCAGCAGUGCGGACCCGUUCUACGCGAAAAAGUUUAGAAUCACGGGGUAUAGAGGCGUCAACAUCACGUUCACAAGAUGUUGUUGAUGAGCAGACCAUUAGAGUCCAUUUGAGAAAGGAUGACCGAGGACUUUACUUCAACGAUGGCAAAAGAAAAAUAGACUUUAUUUUAGUUUUCGAUGAACAAAUCGAGACCAAAAAGUCUGCUUCAGCAUCGGAGGAAAAAAUUAAAAGAUGGCGUCAGAAAUUUUUGAAAAAUUUAGAAAAGGCGGGAUUGAAUACCGAACAGGAAGUGGUCGAGAACGAGAAGAAGCUGAUCACUUUUGUCAAACUCCAUGCACCAUGGGACGUCUGCUGCGCUUACGCGGAGAAUCUGAGCAUUCGAGCACCUUUACAGGUCGUCCCCGAUAGCAAGGAUGAUUACCAAGUUCCGGUCCCUCUAGAUCCUCAUAGCGUGUACUUCUGCGAGGCACACCCUAACCCAACAAGUAACUGGUCUUCCAAGCUGCUGGAGACACUCCACAUUCCCAACGCCCUGGAGCAGGCUGUCCCCAACACGCCCCUGGACUACUACACCUGCCAGUUUAAGACGUCCAAACUAGAAAGAUUUCUAGGGAGUGACAACCCGGAUACUUUCUUUGAGGACAUCCAUCGACACAGAAUCCUCUGGGAGAUUUUGUCCACCACUUCCUACGGCAAGAAGAAGAGGGCGGAAAUAGGAAUUGAGCGACUGUUAGACGAGAAGGCUUUUGUGGCAGCUUUCCCCCUGCACGACGGCUCCUACAAGUGUAAAAGUGAUGACAUCAGCCCAGAGAAAUUAAACAAACGCCAAGUGCUGUACAAGUAUUGGGCGAGAUGGGGCUGUUGGUACAAAUAUCAGCCUUUAGACCACAUACGAGAAUACUUCGGAGAAAAAAUAGGCAUUUACUUUGCUUGGCUGGGUUUUUAUACUGCCUGGUUACUUCCUGCUUCAAUAGUUGGUGUACUUGUGUUUCUCUAUGGACUGAUCACAUUCAAUGAUAACAUACCUGCACAAGAAGUGUGUGAUAGUGGCCAGCAGUAUAAGAUGUGCCCUGUUUGUGAUGAAGACAUAGGCUGUGAAUAUUGGUUCCUAAGUGAUGUUUGCUUCUUUGUCCGACUCUCUUACCUGUUUGACCAUCCAGGGACAGUAUUCUAUUCUGUCUUUGUUUCAUUUUGGGCUGUCACAUUCCUGGAAUAUUGGAAAAGAAAAAAUGCAAGUCUAGCUCACCACUGGGAUUGCUUGAAUUUUGAAGAAGAGGAGGAGCGUCCAAGACCUGAAUAUGCUGCCAGAGCUCCAGAUUUAAAAGAAAAUCCAAUAACAGGAAUCAACGAACCAUAUUUUGAUCCUAGUAAAAGAAUUCCAAGAAUUUUAUCAGGAAUUGCGGCUAUAGUUAUUAUGAUUUGUUUAGUUAUCAUUUUCAUCAUUGCUGUCAUCAUGUAUCGAGUGCUGAUCAGCAUUCCACUAUUUGAAAAUGCUCAUCUGAGAUCCAGAGCCUCCACUAUAGCCAGCAUGACUGCUGCCAUUGUUAACUUGAUCAUAAUUAUGACACUGGGAAAAGUCUAUGAAAAGCUGGCACUGAAACUGACUCAAUGGGAAAUGCAUCGAACACAAACAGAGUUUGAGGAUCAACUUACUUUCAAAGUUUUUAUUUUCCAGUUUGUCAACUUUUACUCAUCAAUUAUUUAUGUUGCUUUUUUCAAAGGAAAGUUUGUUGGAUAUCCAGGUCACUACAAUAGAUUUUUUGGAUUGAGAAGUGAAGAAUGUAACAAUGGUGGCUGCUUAAUAGAGCUUGCCCAACAGCUGGGUGUUAUUAUGAUAGGCAAACAGAUCAUCAACAAUGCACAAGAAGUAAUUAUACCGAAGCUGAAAGGAUUUUGGCACAGGUGUCAGACAAGACUAGAUCAGAAAGUUGGUCACUCCAGGUGGGAAGAUGACUUUGAGUUAAUAGAGAAUGAAGGACUCUUCCAGGAAUAUUUGGAAAUGAUUCUUCAGUUUGGCUUUAUCACCAUAUUCGUAGCAGCUUUCCCUCUAGCUCCACUCUUUGCACUAUUAAACAACUGGGUGGAGAUUCGGUUGGAUGCACACAAGUUUGUUUGUGAAACCCGCAGACCUGUGGCAGAGAGAGCUCAAGAUAUAGGAGUCUGGUUCACAAUUCUUGAGGCAUUGGCCCAACUUGCUGUCAUAAGUAAUGCCUUUCUUAUUGCCUUUACAUCAGAGUUCCUACCCAGACUAAUAUACCAGUAUCAAUACCAGUGGACUCUGCAUGGCUACACCAACUUUACACUAGCUGUAUCACCAGAGAAUACACUAAAUCAAACUUGCAGGUAUAGAGAUUUCCGAGAGCCAGAUGGGAACCAUACCAUGUUUUAUUGGAAGUUGUUAGCAGUUCGCCUUGCAUUUGUUAUAGUAUUUGAGCAUGUUGUGUUUGGUAUAUGUAAGAUGAUAGACAUCAUGGUACCAGAUAUUCCUGAAGCCCUGGAACAGAAGAUUAAAAGAGAAAGAUAUCUUGCCAAGCAGGCAUUGGCAGACACAGACACUAUACUCAUGAUGGCAAGAAGAAAUGAAGGAGAUGAGGAAGACAACAUAGAUUUCAAUGCAGCACCAUCGUCACAGUCAAAGGCAUCAAAUGCUUAAUUAGAACUUCAUUCAUUUCAAUAACUCUGCUCCUAACAGGCAUGGAGAUGGUCCUUAUUUAUAUGAACAAGGCUAUUUCAAAUAGAUUUUGUCAUCUUUUAUAAAAAUUGAUCAACUUGACAUUUUCUCACAUUUUCUUCUUUUUCUUUCUGGAUUUUUAUGAAUCCUUUUAGUAUUUGCUACACAUUCACGUCUUGACCAGUGGAAACUUAUAUUAUAACAUUAAAUAAAAGUUUCAUUUGUAGUUAUUACUUUGGCUAAAUAAAGGAAAAGUUUUACCAAAUGUCCACUAUAACAAAACAUCAUCUCACAUUUAUCUCGAGGUUUUGGAACUCUAUUAUUUCAUAUACACAUUAUUUUGGAUGUGUCUAGAAUUAUAUGACAAAUCUGCUGACCAAGGGGAGAGAAGAACAUUGACAAUCAUUCUAUAUUAUCUGCUAAUAUUUAACAUAAUAUAUACUACUAAUAAAAAAAAGGCCAAUAAAAUUAUUUAGUAAGGAUGUUUUAAAGAGUAAAAGUAUCAACAAAGUUGAUUUUUUUGUUAAUUUUUUUUUGUGAUAAAAAAAAAUUGGUGCAUGUUUUAUUGCCUUCCUUUUGUGAGGUAAACAAUAAAAAGAUACAUAAAAAAAUAUCUGUACAUUGGACAGGUUAUCUAAUUCAUUCAUAAUUAAAUUCUAUUCUGUAACACUGUAUUUUUAUGAUCAGGAAUAUGUGAUUAAUGUGUCCUGACAUUCUUAGACAAAUUUUAGAAAGAUUUGUUGAGGAAAAAUAUAAAAACAAACUUCAAUGUUAAAAGUAUUCUUUAAAUUAUUACAUUUUUUUUUCUCUUUCAAAUGUAUAUAUAAAUAUAUAUAUAUGUAUAUUUUUUUUUACUUGCUCAUAACUGUUAUUGUACAAAUGUUGACAAUUUAAUCCUCUAUUUAUCUGUGAUUCAUACCAUUCCUCAGCUGUCUCAUUACCUGUUUUCUAUCUAUUGUUUUAUUUAUUUUGUAUGUGAUGUUUAUGUUUCAAUUUAAUAAUCUGGGGCCAGCUAAACCCUCACCAAAUUUUCCUGUUUAACAUUCUGAUAGCAUGAGAAUUUUAAAUUUUGUUUCUUUUGUAUAUAUUAUAUUGUAUUUAUAAAUUCCUGGCUUUAUGUAUAUGUAUGUAUCUGUUCUUAGAUGACUGCACAUGAAUUAUCUUGUAUAGUUUUAUUGACUCUAUUAAAUAUUUCAUCUUGCAGCCUUCUCUUACCCAACACCCUUUUUCACUUGUAUUCAAUUUUUUAUGUGAUAUUAUAAAUAAUCUAUAUAUUUUUCCAAACUAUUAGUGUUAUCUAAACAGUGCAAGUUGCUGAUGCCGUUUUUCUUCACGUUUGAAUAUAUAAAUUCUCAAAGCCACCAAUUAUCUUGCAUUUUAUUGCAGUUUAAAUAGAUCAUGCAUUUAAUAACUUGUGGGGUGUUAGAAUUGUUUGAUAUGCUAGUAGAGAAUUGUUUGAUAUGCUAGUAGCAGUGAUAACACUAAGCUCUUAUCUAUAUAUAUAUAUUAUUCUCUUCAUGGCUCAACAGUUUGGACACUGAAAAGUAAAGAAAAGAUCACUCUUUUAUUUCUACAAGUCGGACUAGAGUUGCCCCAUGAAAAAAAAAAGGAGGGGGUGAACAAGUAGUAUUCAGCUGUCACUAAAUAGCAGGGCCGGACUUAGCCAUUGUGACCAAGAAGUCAUGGAAAGAUCACUCUUUUAUUUAUUUCUACCCCACGUAACUUAAGCGGCAGAAAAAAAAAAGGGAAGGGUGAGAACAAGUAAUCUACUCUGUAUUCACCCAUCACUAAAUAGCAGGGCCAGACUCAACUGUUGUGGGGCCAAAUGCGAAACGGAUUUCACUAGGUCAAGUUUGGAUAAUAAGUAAAAAUUAAGAGUUUGUUAAUAAAUUCGUCUUUGCAUUUUAUUCAUUAUUUACUACAUACAGAAUUACUUUACAAGCCUUGCGUGUAGCGAAGUCAUACGUAUAUCAUAAAAAUUCUAUUUCCUACAUAGAUCACGAUUAAUAGCAAGAAUUACCAAAUGUUUCAAUCUAUCUACGAGAAUUGUUGACCUCAAGUAAUUCUUCAUUAGUUUGAGGCACAAGAAAUUAAGCUUUUUUCACCUGAUUCCACAGUUUCCACUUCGGUUGUAUAGGUUGUAGUGGCCUAAGGCCGGCCCUGCAAAAUAGCCGCGUAUGCUACACCAUGGGUCGACUAGUUAUUUUAUAAAUGACAUCAAUACUAAAAUGUAUUUACAAAUUGGAAAAAAACAACAAGAAAAGGUAUUAUACUAGUAGAACUGUGUUUUUGUUUCUUGUCUUCAAUUCUGGUCCCAAGAAGAUAGGAAAUACAAUAAAAUAUUGCUAGAGAUUGAUGCAGACUAUGAAACCUAUUUGUCCAUCAUGAUAAUGUGUUAAAAAAUUUUAGCAUGUGUGUGGAAAUCAUGAAGUAAAAUUGGGUGAGGGACAAUAAAUAGUAUUACUUUUUAGUGAUGUAAAUAAAAGUAAAGCUCAUUGUUUGAUAAUAUAUUCAUCCUAAAAAUAUAUAUACGAAUACUUUCAGGUAUUGCUUUAGCCACUUUCUAUAGGUUGGCUCGACAAGCGUUAUCUGAUUGGCCUUGAUAGCAAGUUUAUUUUACCUGCUAGUAAUGAUUGAAAGAAUACUUUAUUGCUUUAAGAGAACUAGACCUACAUGUUAAAUUUUAAAUUAUCUCCACAAACAGCUGAAAUUAGAUGAAAAGAUGUUUUAGUUUUUCAAGAGAACUAGUUGCUAUUUCCAAACCAGAAAACUAUAUUUGCUUUUAAUAAGCUUAUAUGUCAAUAUGUGUUGUCAAACUGAGGACUUUAGUUCACAUACAACUCAUACAUUUUAGAGUGGGUGUGGCAUAAAGAUCAACCACAUUUUGGAGUGGGUGUGGCAUAAAGAUCAACCACAUUUUGGAGUGGGUGUGGCAUAAAGAUCAACCACAUUUUGGAGUGGGUGUGGCAUAAAGAUCAACCACAUUUUGGAGUGGGUGUGGCAUAAAGAUCAACCACAUUUUGGAGUGGGUGUGGCAUAAAGAUCUACCACAUUUUAGAGUGGGUGUGGCAUAAAGAUCUACAUUUUAGAGUGGGUGUGGCAUAAAGAUCUACCACACUUUGGAAUGGGUGUGGUAUAAAGAUCUACCCCAUUUUGAAGUGGGCACUGUAUCAGAGUUGUAGUGGCAGUAGGGAGGCAGAACGGGUCUCACCCAGUAGGCAAUGAUCUACAUUUUCAAUUAUUAUAACAAUCUCUCUUUUUCACAACCCAUCAUAAAUUAGGUGCUAUGAUAGCAGAAUCUUAGGUGCCAUGAUAGCGGAAUCAGAUGAUGUAAACAGCAUAUCUGUACCUUCUCUACAGAUGAUGUUAACAGCAUAUCUGUAGCACAUCUUUGUGCUCAGUUGAAAUGCAUCAGACCAGAAAAUGAUUUUUAUUUUAUGUACUUUUUAGAAAUAUUUGAUCUUUUUUUAGAUAGUUGGUUUUUUUGUAGAUUCAUCCAAAAAGUCAGAGAUCUUUCUAGCCCACUCUGUAUAGACAUACAAGAUUACCCUUUUGGAUAGCAAUAAAUUUGUGGCUUAAGUUUCAAUUAAUCCAUUUAUUUUGUGUCAUGUGAAUGGUUUUGAAUCUAAAGCCUUGAUUUAUGGUCAGAAGUAAGACCUUUUUAAUGUAUGUCUAAAUUUUAGGGUACAAGGGUAAAUUCAUAAGUGAUUAAGCUAGUAUCGUAUUUAAAGUUAUAUGAGGGGUUUAAGCCUCAUUUUACCUUAGGCCUUCUGUACAGGUCUCAGAAGGGACUUUCUCCUUUCCUUCCUAAUUAACAGCCUUAUGAACAAGUGUUUUGUGAACUUAAUGCAUUCAUCAUAUUUUUUUCAAUCUGGUUGUUAAUAGCUGAUUUGAAAUGCUUUACAUUGUCAAAUCUUGUGAACUUGUAAGUCAGAAAUAAAAUAGACUUUUUCUAUAACAAGGAAACUGAAUCAUGGAUUGUGAGUCCCAAAUUUACAAAACACAUGAACAUUUUUGUACACACAAUUUUCCUUAUGAUUUUGUUUUUAUGGGAUUUAAUAUGCUUUGUGUUACAAUAUCUUCUAGACCACCCUAAUGAAAAUUUUCAGCCACCAUAUAAAUGUGAAAACAGCUAAUUUACUUACUGGUACCUUUCUUAUAUGACAUAUUCCUUAAAUAUACAGGCACCAUUAUGCUAAAGCAACAAAUGUCUACAUAUCUAUAAACUAAGAAUAAAAAGUAAUUAUAAAGUAGCUAAUAAUUGAUAAUAAUAGUGUACUUAAUCUAUCUUAUUUAAAGAGGAAAGUAUAGAAGCUAUGUUUAUCUUCCAUUCUUAAAUUGUGAAAUUGAAUUAAGCAUCGAAAAAAAAAAGUUCUGCACAGAGCUAUGAACCCUAUUUCUUAUCACUUGCAUUUGUAAUCUACAAUUAUAAUUAUUAUAUUUAUUGAAUCUGUAAUAAACUAAUUUCAAACCUUUGUUAUGUUUCAUUAUAAACUUUGUUAUGCUAAUUUGUAUAAAUAAAAUUUUGAGCUAUAUCUGAAAAUGAUAA